CGGAGCUGGAAGCGUCCACGGCAACCUAGCGACAGCCAGUAACGAAAGCGACGUGUGACGUUAUGUGUGAAGCCACGCCCACCACGCACAAACUCUUCCUGUUAUGAAACCGAAGCAUAUGAGAAGUUGCUCUUCUGGUGAAUUGGAAAAGCGAGAGAAGAGAGGACAUGUCUGCCCAGGCGAACCGGGUCAUGGCUUUAUCCGAGUGGGAGAACAGGUGGCACGAAGGAAGAACUGGUUUUCACAGACCUCAAGUGCACAAUUUGCUGGAAAACAACUUGGACAAAGUCGUAUGUGGACGAAAGGAGGUUCGAUUCUUCUUCCCAUUAUGUGGAAAAGCUGUAGACAUGAAAUGGCUGGCUGAUAUGGGUCACACAGUUGUUGGAGUUGAAAUUUCCGAAAAAGGAAUUAAACAGUUCUUUGCAGAGCAAAAUCUUGCUUAUAAUGAAGAACCACUAUCGGCUAUUCCUGGAGCAAAGCUUUUCAAGAGCGCAGAUGGAAAGAUCUCCAUCUAUCAGUGUGAUUUAUACAAGUUCUCCAGUGCUGUUGCAGGAAAGUUCGGAGGGAUUUGGGAUAGAGGAGCGCUGGUGGCCAUAAACCCAUGUGACAGGCAGAAGUACGCCACGCUCCUUAUUUCUUUAAUGAACAAUGACUGCAGAUAUCUGGUGGACACAAUGGAAUACAAUCCUGAGCUCUACAAAGGUCCACCAUUUUUUGUAUCAGAAGAGGAUGUAAAAAAUGCUUUUGGAGGGGGCUGCGACAUUGAACUGCUUCAGUCUGUCGAUGGAUUUGAGGAAAGACACAAAUCAUGGGGACUGGAUUCACUGACAGAGAAAGUCUACCUUCUCACUCCAAAAGCACAGUGAUCAAUAACCAAAUCAGCUGGAGGGUGAUUAAAAAAAGUAAAGAUUGCCAAUACAAUUAAAAAAAUAUAUAUAGGGUUAAAGUGGGACAAAUUGCAGUAACCUGAAAGUUAUUGGUUUCAUAUGUGAACAUAAUGUAAAAUAUUUUAAUAAAUCAUUAAUUAAUUAUUUUUAAAA